UUGGACCUCUGACUUUCGUGCUUCACCCGCCGCCGUCCCGGGAAGGUGACACCGCCACCUGUUCCUCGUUUGUCGGCUCUCGUGGGUUUUUUAACCCGGAAAGAGAUCUUUCAUUUACUGCUUAAAGAAAAGUUUGGUGAGAUAUUCAGGCGCAUCGGAGCCAGGUUGGAACACGAUCACUCGUGGGCUCGCGACAGAAACGAUUUCCUGCUGUUUCUGGGUUCGAGUUUGUCUUCGGGUUCCGGAGUGAGUGGUAAUUCUUUUUGUCUUAAUUGAAAGAGCAUUGUUGCAUAGGAAUUAAUCAUUGAGCUGGACUGGAGCUUAAUUUGGUAAAUAAUGGGUUGUGCUCCCUCCAAGCACGCCACCAAGAGUGCCACACCUGAAGCCGAACCAUCAAGUGCAUCGGCCGAACAUAUUUCCCUUGCUUCUGAAACGCCUUUUACUGUUAGUGAAGUGGAAUCUUUGUAUGAGCUAUUCAAAAAGCUAAGCACUUCUGUGAUCAAGGAUGGGCUUAUACACAAGGAAGAACUUCAGCUUGCACUUUUUCAAAAUAGCAAGAAGAGGAGCCUUUUUCUGGAUAGGAUGUUUGAUCUCUUUGAUGUCAACCGAAAUGGACACAUUGAAUUUGGCGAAUUCGUUCGAUCAUUGUCAGUUUUCCACCCAAAAACUCCUUAUGCAGUCAAAGCUUCAUAUGCUUUCAAAUUGUAUGAUCUACGGCAGACUGGUUACAUCGAACGGGUGGAGUUGAAAGAAAUGGUGUUGGCCCUUUUGAGUGAAUCUGAGCUAAAUCUAUCAGAUGAUGUUGUAGAAAUGAUUGUGGACAAGACAUUUGUGGAAGCAGAUGCAAAAGGCGAGGGAAGAAUUGAUGAAGAAGAGUGGAAAGAGUAUGUGGCAAAGAACCCCUUGAUGCUGAAGAACAUGACUCUUCCAUAUCUGAUGGACAUAACCACAUCAUUUCCCAGCUUUGUGUUGCCAGGUGAAGCACAUGACUAGGAGUCGUAGGCUACAGCGACAGGUUACCUCCAACCGAAUGACCUCCUUUUCAAGAAAAAGCCCGUUUUUUUUUUCCAGAAGAUGCUGAAAAUGUGGAGAGGGAUGAAUCCUGCAUGUUCUUCAUCCCUUCAUUUAGGAACUAGUUCUCACGAUUUAAAACCUUAAUUAGGCCUUGUUCUUGUACUCAAACGAAAGAACGUCCCAAAUAGGCUAACCACUGAAUAUUUUCUCUCCCAAAUAGGCAUUGUCUGUUUCAUCCACCUAGUCCGGUUGGCUCCUAUUAAAGCCAAAUGGCAACAGCUAUGCAUUUCAUAUUACCUUUUGUUAAUUAUGUAGGUUGAAGUUCCACCAGUUGA